AUGGAGUGCCGCUGGACCAUUGGAGUGAUUCUGCUGGGCUGGAUUGCCUGUGGCCACGCCUGUACUUAUCCAAAUCGAUGUGUGGCCAACAAUAGGGAGUGCACCAAACUGGCGGUUAUUGGCAUCGACCAACUCAUGUAUUCAUGUGGACCCACUGAAGUGUGUUGUGAAAAUGGGGGAGCUCAAAUGGAGAAUCUGCCUUUGGACUCUAUGGAUUACGUACAGAAUGGCGAGUUUCCCUGGACAAUCGCACUAUUCAGAAGGGGUUUGUUCUUUGGAGGAGGCUCCCUGAUUGCCCCCGGGGUUGUGCUAACGGCCGCCCACCUGCUGCUGUCCAAGACCUCACAUGAGAUUGUGAUCAGAGCUGGCGAAUGGGACAUGGCGUCCGUGGACGAACCGCAACGGCAUCAGGAACACCGUGUGGUCAGGACGACAUCCAGUCCAUCUGCUUACCUCUUCAAGGGGCGUCCAUUGACCAGACACACUGUUUGGUGUCCGGAUGGUGAAAGCGUUUUUUUAACGACUCUCAAAUAUCCAAUAGUGAACAGAGGAGAUUGCCAGAAUAUGUUGAGGAAAACCAGGUUGGGAGCCAGGUUUCAGCUGGCCAGCAGUCUCAUGUGUGCCGGCGGAGAGAAGGACAAGGAUGUCUGCAUUGGCGACGGUGGUUCCGCCUUGGUUUGUUCCCCUGACGUAAUCUUCGCUAGAUUUCAGCAGGUCGGGAUCGUGGCCUGGGGCGUCGGCUGCGGCAGGCCAAACGUCCCCUCGACCUAUACAAAUGUGUCCAUGUUCAGGGAGUGGAUUGAUCGCAACCUGAAAAGCAACUCAGUUGAACCGCUUAGGAACUGUAUUCCUAUCCACCCAAGAAUUUCGUCCUAUCAAAAAAGAUACAAGCUGUUUUAA